AUCUGAGUGAGGCUUCAGACAGCAGUGUGUGUCUUCUUCUACAGCCAGAAUGAAUAACCGUGUCUUCCUUGGGCUUUCUGUUUUGCUUAUUGCCUGCCACCUCACUGGUGCAACUAUCUUUGACCCGCUGAAUUUAAGCUGCAAAUGUGUCAAAGUAACAAGCACCUUUAUUCGUCCAGUGAAAUAUGCCAAAGUCGAGAUCUUUCCAGGUGGGGUUGCCUGCAGAAAAAUGGAAAUCAUAAUCACACUGAAGAGCAACCGCAAAGUCUGCAUUGAUCCCAAAGCCAGUUGGGUGAACUCUUUAUUGAACAUGAUGGAAAAAGUGAAUGGACCUUCCUCUUGAAACGAAGUUCGAAGUGUCCUUUCAAAAUCCAUCGAUUCCCAAAUGUGAAGCCUCUUGCUUUUCUGCUGUGCGAUGCUGAUUGUGUCCAAUUAUGCCUGAAAUGACUGUUAAAGUGUUUGGACUUUUUGGAAAUCCGGAAGCAAUGUGAACAUGCAAGCUUGAAUCUGAAUCUGAGGUGUGUGUGAGAAUAACCAAGUUUGUAUUUCGGUGUGAGUAGAUCAAUAAAGAAAAAAG